AUGGAGAACUUGAAUGGGUUUAUGACAGUCUUCGCUGUCUCCGGAAGCGUGGUGCUUCUUGCGGCUCAGCUACACAAGCGUCUCCUCUCCGAUUACAUGGACAAGCUCGAACUUCAACUUCGAAUGAAGGAUGAGGAGAAGAAGAAGAAGAGGAAGAAAGUGAGUUUUGCAGACGAUGUGAUGGAGCCGUCAGGGAACAACGAAGAGUAUCGCCGGAAAAAUUGGAAAUCUAAAUUGGACGAUGGAGGAAGAAGAAUCUCGCAGAAGAGUCAACUUUUAUAA